AUGUCGAACAACAACCACCUCCGCUCCGACCCCGUCAUCCCGGUCCUUGUGCCUUGGCUGCGCGGUCAGCCAUCCCGCCGCCCGUACGUCGUCAUGCGGCGUGCGGAAGAGCACCAUCGCGAACUCCUGGUUUUCCUCCAGGACAUGGCCACGAAGGCCAAAGAGGCCAACAUGACCGCGCCAACGGCCUGCCAUGCUGGGUUCGCCCACAACAAGGUCAUGAUCGUGGCCAGCUCGGUGGCAGAGCUCGAGGCGGUCAGGGACGAGGCCCAUCAAGGCCGACAUUGCACUGCGCCUGUAGUUCCUGAAGGGCGAACUUGCGAAGACUCGGGACAUGCUUAA